AUGGCCGCCGCCGCCGACUCCUCGUCCGCCUCUGACGCGCAUUCCACUCGGUUGCGUGGAAACAACCGCAACCUCUCAUCACCCUGGUCUCACGUCGUCCGUGGAGAACCUGAGUCGACCCCUGGCACUGACUGCCCGUCGUCCCCAGCCGCGGCGACGGAGAGGAUGGCGGCGCCGGGGGAACAGUUCGACCCCUCCCCGCCCAGGUCCGUCGAUUCGGUCAGUCCUCCAGAGGCCGGAGCGUCCGAUGCAUCCAUUAGUCCACCUCCACCGCCGUCAUCCUAUAGCGGGGACCAUGGGGCCAGCGGCAAUGCAUCUGCGCCGUCACGGGAGAAGAAGUCACCAUGGAGCGCACCUUCUAACGGUUUAACUGAGGUGGAACCAGUGAUGGGGGCCGUCUCCUGGCCUGCACUCUCCGAGGCUACCAAGAACUUCAGUAAGCCGUCGUCCUCUGAUUCGCUGAAGGCGCUUCCUGACGGAUCGGUCCCUGCGCAUUUGGUGCGAUCUCUGAUUCAGUUUGUCUAGAAACUCUUUUCGUGGAAAAUUAGACUGAUAUUGAUGUUUGAUACACCUCAAUCGUUCCCUACAUCUCGUUGCUUAUUUUAUUUUUUGGCAUUUAGGCACCUAUGGCUGCAUCACCUUCCGGGAAAGCCACUUCUAACAACACUAACUCUAAUAUCUCUGCGAACUACGGACGCCAGAAAUCCACAAAACGUGCCGGUGGCAAUGGUUCUGGAAACACGAUCCCUAGCAAGGGCGGUGUUACGAUUGCUAACGGCAGGCCGGUGCCACCUCUGCUAUCACCAACUUCAGCGGAGGCAUCUCAGGGUAAAGUGGUGUCCUCCGAACCAUCUACAAGAGACUUAAGCAACAGGAGCAGCAGUAGCUGGGAUCAUGGAUCCAGGAGCGGUGGGUUCUCCCCACAGCCGCAGGGGGGAAAUGAGCAUCAUAGGAAUCAUGGUAGUAGCAGGAGGGGAAACGGUGGUGGGGGCGGGUCUCACCAUAAUUUUGGGAACCGCCGUGAUCAGGAUCGUGGUGGCUAUGAUUGGAAUCAGCGCUCUUUUAGUGGUAACAGAGAUGCUCACAUGCAGCAGCGGCAACAACCAAGGGGCAUGGCAAGGCCUUUCAUCCAGCCACCACCACUUGUUCCAGCUCCCUUUAUUCCUCCCCCUCCUCGUGUAAGUCCUUUCGGGAGUCCCAUUGGAUAUCACGGUAAGCACUUUAUCUUCUUAAUGCUGAUAAUUUUCAUGGUUUUUAUCAAAGUAAUACCUUGACAACCUGUAUUCAUUUCCAGAGAUCCCCUCACCUGUAUUUUAUAUUCCAACACCUCCCCAUGAAACCAUGAGGGGCAUACCCUUUGUUGCCCCAUCUGCGGUGUAUUUUGCAGCACCAGAUCCGCACUUGCCAAUGAUGGUAUCCAAGCAAAUAGAUUAUUACUUCAGGUUUGUUUUUACCCACUGUUUUCUGUCAUCUUUACUCAUGUUCUAAUCACCUGGAGGAUUUACCCGUUGUAACAUCAUUGUUGUAGUCCGGAAAAUUUAUGUAGAGACACAUACUUGCGGCAAAACAUGGACGAAGAGGGUUGGGUUCCCAUUUCUUUGAUUGCAAGUUUUAACAGAGUAUGCCAUUUCUGCCUAUCUUGAUUCUACUUGUUUUGCCUUUGAUGCCCAGUUAUUUUAUACUUCUUUUAUUGAUUUUGAUUUCACUUUUUCUGUUGAAAUGAAGUCAUAUAUUUGAGUCUUAUGCACUAGCCAAUUACGUCUCCUUUUGCGGCUUUAUAGUUGAUUCCCCCAUCAUACUUCCAUCUCAACAUAACAUGAUUCUUUGCUCAUGCAAUCAAUUUUUCAACUGAUCAGAUGCAUGCUGUCUGAAUCCAUAGGCCCAAAUACUUAUUGUCUGCAUUUUUCAGUAAUGUGGCUGGCACUAUGUGCUCGCAUCAUUUUGUGGAUUUUUAUUUUCGUUAUCCACUCUACAUUUUCGGUUUGUGUUGGGGUUUUAAUAAAAAAAAUUCUUGUGAAGGCCACUCUUAUUUGAUAUUUAUGUCUACUUUUUAUCUUAGCUUACUUUCUCAAAUUAUAGCUGCCCUUUUAUUGUUCCUUUGAUAUUUAGGACUGGUGUGCUUGUCACCUGUUUGCAAGUGUAUGUGUGUUUACUUGUUAUCUUAUCGUACUUUCUCAAAUUAUAGCUGCCCUUUUAUCGUUCCUUUUAUAUUUCAGGACUUAAUUAUGAAUUUUUUGAUUGAUUUAUCUUAUGAUUUUCUUGUUUUUCCAAUGGAAUUUCAGUCAUUUGGUAGAGUUGGCUGAGUUGUUUGCUUAUGGAACUGAACUGUUUGUUGUGACAAAGGUCGGCUGCCCCAGGAUUGCAGUGGGAUAGGAAGUAGGAAAAAAAAUCCAAGUCAGACCAUGCUGACUCAAUCAGGAAUGAGCUUACCUGCACGAGGCCGUUUGCCUUGACAGUUGUUAAACAUAUUAAUCUAAUUUCUUCAGAGUGAGCGAGCUUCUUACAUAUGUCUGUCACGCAAAUGAUUCAACUUCCUUUAAACCUAUUUAGGCCCAGGUUCCUAAGAGUUUAGUCAUGGACUACCAUCCAUAAAAGGCCCUGAUGUGAUAAUGCCGACUCAUUCUUCCCGUUUUCUGUCCAUGUAAGAUUUCGGGAACUGGCUAGUUCUUAGUGAGAACUGUGGAGCUACGUUUCUAAACCAUAAACUUGUUGCCUUGAAAUGGCAGACUCGAGCCUUUGAAAAAUCUGAUCUCAACAUCCACACACUUAAUGUACUGAAGGGAAGGGGAUAAUUCGGUUCAAUUUUUAUUUAUUUGUCAUUACUGUCCAAGUUGCCUAUUCUCUUCUUUACAUUUCGUUUGGUAAUAAGAACAGUAGAGCGGGCAUAAAAGCAUUUUGAUGCUGGAGAGAAAUGUUGGAUCGUACUAAUUUUUCUACAAUUUAGAUCGAUUCGUUCUGAUUCGGAUCCUCAUAAUCGACUUGAAACCAUAUGUUUUCUUUGGAAGACUUUCAACUAUUUGACUUGGCGCAUCCUAAUGUGCAUCAAAGGUCAAUCCUACCAUUAUCACAGCCUUACCAUAAUUGUCAUUCCCGAUUCUCCUAUCUACCUAACUUCUGGGUUCAAAUAUCCCAGCAAACACUCUGUGGUCAAUGAAAAAUAGUCAACGACUAAGUCAUUCUAUCUUGAUGCUCCUCAAGGUGAAGCCCCACCUUUUUUGGAAAAAGGCUUAGGUCUGAAAUUUGGAAAGGAAAACUGGUAGCAUUUUUUUCCAUAGGAUGAGAUAAUAUUUGACGUCCCAGUCUCAGAUUUAGUGAUUAUAUAUUUAAUGAAGAUUGGGAAUCCUUAAGUAUGGUCUCCCUGCUGUCUUUAACUUUACCAUACAAAGGUUGUCACACUUCUUUCACUUUAUUUUACAAAUAUUGUGGAAUUGAACGAUGUCCUUUGUGAUUCUGAUUGUUAGCUUGUUCUUUGUUUCUCUUGUUUUGUAUAAGUUUUCUGUACAUUUAGAUUGGAGUAUGCAGGUAAUUUAUUGUUAAAUAUUUGUAUCUUUACGUGGAAUAAAUUAAAUUCGCUUCGAAGUUGUUUUAUGCGUCUAUCAUAGGAAGCAAAGAUUGUCAUCAUUUUUCUCCUGACUUAUUGCAUUAGAUACUCUGCCUAAGAGUAUAUUACAAAUUAAUUUAUUUUGUUGAACCUACAUUUUUUUAUCUAUAUCAAAAGUUUAAAGUAGUAAACUACCUUUUGUUUGUUACUUAUUGUACUCUUGAUCUUGAAGUUUAAAGUCGAAAAAGGUAAAUCUUGUUGUUUGCCUUUAUUCUGGGCAACCUUCAGGGAAAAAACCCAAAUCAUUGUUAAUAUUUUCUUACAAAUCAUUGUUAAUAUUUUGUCAAAUUACCUUUAGUUACUCAUUGCUCGAGAGCAUUUUAUUUCUGGUGUUGAGCCCAACCAUUUGCACCCCAGUAGAUCCUGGGUUAGGGAAAAUUCUGUGGUAUUCUUCCAAGUCUGGAUUUGUUCAACCAUUUAAUUUUUAAAUGGUAAGGCAUUCCCAUAGCUAACCCAAAGAUACAAGACAUCUUCCACAGUAUCGUAUUUUCUUUUAUUUUUUUCAAUACACCAUUUAUUUUUGUUUUAUCAGUGGUUUUUCAUUGUUAUGAGGGUACCCAUUCGUUUUGCCAUUGGUGGAUUGCAUAGUCUUACUUCUCACUUUAUUUUCGAUUAUACUUCACGUUUUGUGUGAAAACCAAAAAUGAUCUCUGCUGCUGACUCCUUGCUAAUUACGAUUUCCUGGGAUACGGACAUGUGUGUCAGAUGAUGGACAAGAAUGUGACUUGGUGAGCCCAAUUAUGGCCUGGAUUUGUCUUGUUUUGUACAUAGACCCAGGAACUUAUCUUGCCUAGUUGGCUAGUUCUGUGGUUAGCAUGGGGCUUGGUCUCUAAGCAGUUAAUAUGACUAGCAUGUGACCUUUAGUACCAAUGUGGGAAGGGGUUAAAUGGUUUAAAGAGAACGAAGGUUUCCUCUGCGGCAUAUUUAGAAUCUUUUGGAGGCUGCUUGAUAUAGAUUUUCGUUAGACCCUUCUAAAUCUUUAUUUUUAUUUUUAUUUUUUCUUGUAAAAUUAUUGAGACCUGUCUCCUGUUUCUUCUUCAGAGUUUUAUAUCCUUUAUUAUCUCCAUCUUAUUAUUGGCAUUAUUGGAGAUCCCAUUCAACAAAUCUUUUCCAAUUCGCAUCAUGAGAAUUGGCAUUGACUUGAAUGUUGGACAUGUCAAAUGUUCUUGAGUUAAUACCAGGGACCUGGGAUAGUUGACUGACUAUGUUCAGUGCUGGAGAAGAUGGUUAUUUGUUGGCCAGAAUUUAGCGGCCUACUGCUUCUGUAAUUUUGUUCCUCUCUCAGUAUUGGCAUGAUAAUCAGCUUUUUUGGCUGAGGUACUAAAAGUUGCCCUUACCUGGGAAAACUUUGUUGGGAUUUUUUUCCAAGAGAGAGAUGUCACCACUGCCAGUGGUGCCUAAAGAAAGAAAUAGCUGUCUUUAGAUUUUAUUUUUACCAAGUUUGGGAGUGAGGGAGUCCAAGACUAGAGAAAGUUCCCACCUGACGGUGAGUUUUUUUGGCUAAAGGAAACUUUUUCUUUAAACUAAGCUUGUUUACAUAGUUUAUGUGUAAUCAUGUACUGCAUGUCAUUCUUCGUUGAGAUGUUUUUUUAAGAGAACCUAGUUUCAUUGAAUCUCGUUUAUCGACAAAAGAUCCAUUUCUUAUGCCUCUUUGUCCCCGGAUACGAACUCGUGGACGCCAUUGAUCCCCAUUGAGCUGAACCUCCUAUGGUUUGAUCCCCGCUUACAGCAAUCUAAGGUACUCAAGGGGUAGGGUCUCCCAUUUCGCUUUACCAGCAUUCGAGAAACUCUGAGUGCAGGCUGUCUUCAUUCUUACAGACAGACAAGAUUGGUGUAAAGACCAUGGUCGAUAGGAAAACAGCCCAGUGCGUACAGUAAGGUUCCGCUCUGUAAGCAAUCACUCGAGGGUAAAGCCACUACGUCUUUAGUUUUGGACAUUUCUAACAUUAUCAACACUGAUAGCAUACGCAAGACUUGGCUAUCUAUCGGCUCAUGUACACUUUUUAUUUGCCAAAUCUUAAUGCAAACCUGUGGCUGGAUCAGUGAAGAUGGGGGUGGAAGAGAAAUGUGAGAAGAAUUGGAAAGGGAGUACGAUAAUAAGGGAGACAGAAGAGAACUUAAGGGAAGAACCAGCAGAUUUCUAUUUCAUCAGAUAUUGCCUCUUCGUUGACUGGCAAUUGGUGUUUAUGUACGGUCUAAAAGAAUCCCGUAAGUCAGCUUUUUUGGAAAUCCUGACUACAAUUAUUCUAUGAAAAACAACCAUUAUACCUCGAUAAGGUAUCUUAUGAAGACUACUAACAACAGUAUUGUGGGUUGAGCAGACGACGCUGUUGGAGGGGGGAGAUGGGACAUUAAUACCCAAUCUACCGUCUUAUUUUGCUUCUGUCAUUGCUUCUUCCAUGGGAAAUAGGAUCAAAUAGGUUCUUAUUUUCUCUGUCUAACUAAUGGGUAUUUGUCAGGGGAGUCCAACAUCAUGUCUUGUAAGUAAUAUCGUCAUAUUUGAGACUUGGUGACUCGGUUUCAUAUUGAAGCACCUGAAUUCAAAGGAGAACAUACGUGGAGAGAAUCUUCUGUAGUGUGAGAUAUUCAUGAUAAAUAAUGAUAAAAAAAACUUUUAGACCCCUUGGUAUUUCCAUCUCAUGCGUUUUGUUGGAUCUGCUUAGAAUCUGCUCUUGGUUUAUUAAGCUGUCUUGACCUUUGCACACGUUUCUUAUUCAUGUGUCAUGUGGCCAAGAAGGAUAAUAAAGUCAAAGGAUAUUCAUCCCUGUAUUUCAUCUAUCGCUGCAGUUUCAUGCACGAAGAUUUUACUUCACGUUUUAGUUUUUAACAUGGCGUUUUUUUGCCACGUGUUUUAAUUUUUUUCUAAUCAAUGGGACUGUUAUAAUGGCCACAUUUGAUAUUUAUUAUACUCCUUUAAAAUAAAAGUUGUUUUAUUGUCAGUAUCAUGGUUUUUCUGGAAGAAAAGCAAACCUGAUUAUAAUCACAAUCAUCUGUGGUACACAUUUUCCCUGUACAGUCUCCCUCCAUGGUGGACGCUGGUGGAGUGCUGAAUCCAGGGCCUUCUUUCUGAUUAUAAUCACAAUCAUCUGAUGACCGAUGAGAAUAUGAAAAUUGUGUUGGCUUCUGAAAAUCGUCCUAGCAGAUGUUGUAGAGAUGAAGUUUUUCUUCAAAACAAGAAUGUGGCAACUGACGGGAAGGUUGGCUUCCAAAACAAGGAAGCUCUCCCUCCACCUUUCCUGUUGCAUGCACUGCACACAAUUCCACAUAGACCCGUUGACCCGCAAUAAAAUCUACAGUCUGUCAGGCUUAGAAGUUUAUUAUUUCUCACUCCAUUUAAACUGUUUCCUAAUCGACAAAGCCUGUAUACACUUAGCUCCUAUCUACGGUAAGACUUGUGUUUGCCUCUCCAUUCUCAUUGAAAUAGUUCGUGGUGAUGAACUCUUUCAGCUGAAUUUAUAUAUAUCAUUAAUAACCUAUUAUUUGCUAAUCACAAGACUUGUUUGACAACAGAUAUAGUCCUAGAUUAUAUCUUUAUUUAUGCGAUUUUCUAUACAACUGAAUUUUUUUUUCUGUUUAGUUUGUGAUUUAUUUAUGUUCGUCAGAUGAAUUAUCCAUGCGGUCCUUUCCUUGCAGGUUAAAAUUCUCACGGACAAUAUCCAAUUCAUUCUCGAGACACUGAGAACUUCAACUGUAGUUGAAGUACAGGUACAACUCACCAAUCAGAUGCCUCUGCUGCUCCUUUCUUAUCUUCCCACCCAACAUGUCAUCCGUCCAAUUCUAUGCAUUCUAAUUCAUCUUCAUUUCUGUAAGAUUCAUUAGUUAUACGUUCAAUAAUAUGGUUCUAUCCGGCAUCAACAUUAUCUUUGUCAUGAUUGCCACCCGUUUCCUUUCCUCAUCUCUCUGUCUGCAGGAUGGCAAGGUCAGGAGGCGCAAUGACUGGAUGAACUGGCCGCCAUUAACCCCCGGAGCCAGCUCACUUCACGCGCCAGAGUCACCCAACCCAGACGCUCUUGCUGCCCGUGUGAGAAAUAUGGGCCUGGAGGACGGGCUUUCAACCCAGAACGCCGCCCCGUGGGUGGCUCCUCCGGCCGCCACCCUCAGCGCAAUGCGAGGGGAGAUGAACAGCAGCGGCCCUCCAGAUGCUGGGCCCGCACAUGGUGCGGAUCGAGAUGAGCCUGAGCUCUCCCCUCCGCAAGAGACCUAA